AUGGAGCUUAAUGGGAUAUAUAGCCAAUCAUUUGAUGAGCAAGUGCCUAAUGGGUCUCAUAGUACGGGAUCUGGAAGCGCAACUCAAGAUCCAGAGCUCACUAGACCAAAUAGCGCUGAUAGCUCCCAACAUUACCACGCUCCUUCAAAUCAAAGUUCAAGUGCUUCACUGUCAAUAGAAGAACGACUCAGGCGCGUUAGAGCCGCUGAACAACUUAAACAGCAGCAACGUUACGCAGCCUACGUAGAAGCCCAACAACAAGCCGAAAUGGCACGUAUGCGCCAACAAGAGGAAAGAAAGCGCAGAAUUGAAGAAAUGCGACAAAAGGAACAAAUGCGCCGACUUAGUGCACUAGAACGACGUGCAGCCUUGGAAUUAUCUAAUCAAGCACGGAUAGAACGACUUCGAGAACGGUCGGCUAACCGUUCAGGAAACAAUACGUUUCGCCGCCAGUUUGCAGAACAUGAUCACUCUGGCCGUACUGCAAGUGCUUCUCCUUCUUUGGGAACCUCGCGAAAUCCGAGUACUCUUAUGACAACUUCGUGUGUGGUCGCCUUUGGAAGCAGCGCUCCGCGCUCUAUAUGUACGCAACCAAGUGCAGCAGCUUUACGUUUGAAACAGGCUUUUGAAGCGCGAUUAGCUAGCUACCUUACCGGUCGACAUAGUGGGUGCUUUUUUACAGCAGCUGCAGCACCUUAUUAUUCGUGCUUUAUAGAUACAUCACAUGGACCUCGGCCUCAAAUCUCUGUGUAUAAAUCGAGGCCCUGUAAUCGAGGUGUAACGCAGUCUAGGCGAGCUGCUUCAGCUCAUGCCUCUGUUUUGCGUCAUACUAAGUCUUCAUUCACUCGGGUUACUCAUGCUCGACGUCAACAAAAUUCUCUUACUAACAGAGACACUGUUUUCAAAAAUGGUCAACCUAUCAGCACUAAAGUCUUGAAAUCCCCAAACACUACCACAGUUCCUGAUGGGCACAAUGUCGAGAGUAAUCGAACCAGUGAAGUAAUUUCAAGUCGAUCUAAUUCAUCCAACGAAUGUGAUAAAAUUGGGCGUCUUAAUCAUCAUCCCAAAGUGCCAAAACAUAUUACUGCACCCGCAAAUACAUCGAAAACGAAAGAACAUACAGCUAAGUUGGAAAAUAUGGUCCCACCUUCAGAUUCCACUAGUUCUACACGUUCCAACUCUAUUGAGAGACGAUCUAGACAACCAACUAUUUCUGUAUUCGAACGUUUAACAAUGUCUCGUUCUGUCACUACUUCUGGAAACGUUACGACAAAUAAAGCAAGACCUGUCCAUUCGUCUGCUAGUACUGUGCAUGUGGCAAAAAGACCCGGAAUUAAUUGGGUUUUAGAAGCACAUACAUUCAAUAAAAAGCCACGUAAUUCUUCUCAAAUACAAAAUGAUCACAGUACAAAUGAUAAUUGGCCUCAACAUCAUGAACAUAGUGAUUCUACUGUGUCUAGUUUCUAUUCAGUUAAUAGUACACUUAUUCAGGACUCUGGUGAUUCUGUAAAUAUAAACAAUAGUUCUUCAAUUAUGCAUUCUGUGCCGGACACAUCUAGGCAUUAUCAGCAUGAUCUACCUCACCUUAAUGGAUCAAAUGUUAUGCAGAAGUCUGGUAAUCCUGUAUAUUUGUGGUCGGAAGAUCCUGAUCAUGAAGUUUCCAAACCCGAUUCAUUGUCUUCUGUUCCUCUCGAUACAUCAACUCAUUGA